AUGUCUCUUGCUAGACUAAUUGAAACAAAAACUCAUUUAAUGGCUGGCAAACUCCAAAUUACAGAAUUUAUUUUUCAGGUUCCCAUAGACUAUACGAAUCCAGAUCUUGGCUCUAUCCAGUUGUUUGCACGCUCAGCCACAAAAUAUGAAAAGCCAGCCAAACUAGCGACUGACGAAGAGAAUCGGAAAUCAUUGCAAAAACCAUGGCUAGUCUAUUUGCAGGGAGGACCAGGAUAUGGCUGUCCAUCUCCACAAAACUCAAACAUAACAUCUACUAUCCUAGAAAAAGGUUACCAGAUGCUUUAUCUAGAUCAGAGAGGCACCGGCCAAAGUAAUCCAAUCACGGUAGAGAGCUUACUUCUUCGGGGAAAUACACAAGAACAGUUUGACUAUCUCAAACAUUUUCGGGCAGAUAAUAUUGUGAGAGAUUGUGAAGCUGUCAGGAAAGUUCUUACAAAAAAUUAUCCCACGGAGCUUGAAAAAUGGUCCCUGUUCGGACAGUCUUUUGGGGGGUUCUGUGCAUUUACAUAUCUAUCUAAAUAUCCCGAUGGCUUGCGCGAAGCAUUCAUCACUGGUGGAAUACCUCCUAUCGGCUGUUCCCCAGAUGACGUCUACCAGGCAACUUACAAAAAACUUAUCGAACGGAAUAAGAUUUAUUACGAUAAGUAUCCUGAAGAUGUACCAGUCGUCAACAAAGUGGUAACACACAUUAAAAGCUUAAAGGGAAUAAGUCUACCAUCCGGAAUCAAAUUAACAGUUCGAUUAUUUUUGACACUAGGUCGGAACUUCGGCUUUCAUGGGGGACUUGAUUCUGUUCACAAUAUAGUUUUGCGGGCUAAGACUGACAUAGCUCAAACUGGAAGUAUAAGUCGACCUACACUUUCAGUCAUAGAGGGAGCAUUGAGCUUCGAAAAUAAUGUGUUGUACGCAAUUCUACACGAGGCCAUAUAUUGCGAAAGGUUGGCUAGUAAUUGGGCCGCAGAUCGUGUAGGUAAAAAAUUGGAAAAGUUUGAAUGGCUUUCCAGAUGGCCAAACCCAAUGUCCGAAACCCAGGACGCUGCUAUAUACUUUUCUGGUGAAAUGAUAUACCCAUUUCUGUUUGAUAUCUCGCCAGAUCUUAAAAUGAUUUCAGAUUUAGCCGAAAAAAUUGCAAGCUAUUCCGACUGGCCAGAGCUUUACGAUAAGUUUCAAUUAAGUCGAAACGAAGUCCCAAUAUACGCCGCAACUUUUAUUGACGACAUGUAUGUCGACUUCAACCUUACACAGCGCACAGUCCAAUCAGUCAAAAAUUGUAAACAGUUUAUCACGAAUAGCAUGUACCACAAUGCUAUCUCAAGUAAAACCACAGAUGUUGUGAAGGAAUUAUUCGCUCUGCGUGAUGAUACUCUCGACUAA